AUUUAUAUCAUUUUAAGUAGACAAUAAAAUAAAAUAAAAUAACGUCACAAUCCAUGUCAACCAAAGGUAGCUGCAAAGGAGUCUCAAAAUUACACCUUCCAAACGAUCCACCUAACCCCUCCCUGUCUUUGCCCCCCUUCUCCCUUUCCUUUCUACGGAGUAUAAAUUUCCAUUUCUGCAGUUCGAUUUAACAUUUUCCGUUCUCCUCCGGCAACCACCGGCCGUUUUCCCGAUACACCGUCUUGCGAAUCACAAUUCCCUCUUAGUUGAAGAUGGAUCUUCUCCUCGCAGAGAAAACCCUUUUGGGUCUCUUCAUCGCCGUCGUAGUAGCUAUUGUGGUCUCUAAGCUUCGCGGCAAGAAAUACAAGCUCCCGCCGGGCCCAAUUCCGGUUCCGGUGUUCGGGAACUGGCUCCAGAUAGGCGACGACUUGAACCACCGGAAUCUGACCGAGUACGCGAAGAAGUUCGGCGAGGUCUUCCUGCUGCGGAUGGGGCAGAGGAAUCUGGUGGUGGUGUCGUCGCCGGAUCUCGCCAAGGAGGUGCUCCACACGCAGGGGGUGGAGUUCGGGUCGCGGACCCGGAACGUGGUGUUCGACAUCUUCACCGGGAAAGGACAGGACAUGGUGUUCACGGUCUACGGCGAGCACUGGCGGAAGAUGCGGAGGAUCAUGACCGUCCCGUUCUUCACCAACAAGGUGGUCCAGCAGUACCGGGGCGGGUGGGAGGCGGAGAUCGCCAGCGUGGUGGAGGACGUGAGGAGGAACCCGGCGGCGGCGACGGAGGGGAUCGUGCUCCGGCGGCGGCUGCAGCUGAUGAUGUACAACAACAUGUACCGGAUCAUGUUCGACAGGAGGUUCGAAAGCGAGGAGGACCCGUUGUUCAUCAAGCUCAAGGCUAUGAAUGGGGAGAGGAGCAGACUGGCGCAGAGCUUCGAAUACAACUAUGGAGAUUUCAUCCCCAUCUUGAGGCCAUUCUUGAGAGGCUACUUGAAGGUCUGCAAGGAGCUUCAGGAGAGGAGAUUGAAGCUCUUCAAGGAUUUCUUUGUUGAUGAAAGGAAGAAUCUUGCAAGCACAAAAAGGAUAAACAAUGGCACUCUCAAGUGUGCGAUUGACCAUAUUCUUGACGCCCAACAAAAGGGAGAGAUCAACGAGGAUAACGUCCUCUACAUUGUUGAGAACAUCAAUGUUGCUGCAAUUGAAACCACACUAUGGUCAAUCGAGUGGGGCAUCGCCGAACUAGUGAACCACCCUAAGAUCCAGGAGAAGCUCCGCCACGAGAUUGACACGGUUCUUGGACCCGGAGUCCAAGUCACGGAGGCAGACACCCACAAGCUCCCUUACCUUCAGGCGGUGAUCAAGGAGACUCUCCGCCUGAGAAUGGCCAUUCCCCUCCUCGUCCCCCACAUGAACCUCCACGAUGCCAAGCUUGGUGGGUAUGACAUUCCGGCGGAGAGCAAAAUCCUGGUCAACGCGUGGUGGCUGGCCAACAACCCCGCCCUGUGGAAGAAGCCAGAGGAGUUCAGGCCAGAGAGGUUCUUGGAGGAGGAGAAGCACGUGGAGGCGAAUGGGAAUGACUUCAGGUUCCUGCCCUUUGGGGUCGGGAGGAGGAGCUGCCCGGGGAUCAUCCUCGCGCUGCCCAUUCUCGGGAUCGUUUUGGGGCGGCUGGUUCAGAACUUCGAGCUCUUGCCCCCGCCCGGUCAGUCGGCGGUGGACACCAGCGAGAAAGGCGGCCAGUUCAGUCUUCACAUUUUAAAGCACUCCACCAUAGUGUUGAAGCCUAGAGGCGUUUGAGUUGUUUGUGGGUUAAUAUGUUUCAAAUUAUGAAAUUUGUUGUUUCAUGUUUUUUGUCAUAUGGUGUCAUCAUUGUAAAGUCUCUUUUAUUUAGACCUAAUAAAUAACCUCACAUUGCCAAUUGCCAAUUCAAUUGCGACAAAUAAAUUUGGUUCUCAUAAGAUCGUCUUCUCUGGCCAUUGGUUUUUUCUCUUCUCUGCGCUAGUCUUCUCCGGCCAUCAUCGUUCACCUACGACCCUCAGGUUUAAAUAGAGAAUGAUGGUAGAAGCUUCAUUGAAUUAUUGCUCCAGGGAGAGAUUACAAACAAUGAAUCACAAUGUAAUUC